CAUACGCAGCUGAUUUCGUCCCCACCAAGCCAGACUGCUCGAGCCGAGCGGAGCAAGGGACAGCGGCGACAUGAGAGCUGACGGCUUUGUCUUGGUGCUCCUCGCUUACCUGGCGGGAUCAUGCCUGGCGAGAACCAAACUUCUCGUACUUCUUCUUGAUGGCUUUCGCUACGAUUACAUCAACGCCAAAGAAUUAGAAUCACUGCCAGGCUUUCUGGAGAUUGCUGAAGCAGGAGUGAAAGUGGAUUACAUGACGCCCGACUUCCCUAGCCUCUCUUAUCCUAACUACUACACACUCAUGACAGGACGACACUGUGAAGUACAUCAGAUGACGGGUAAUUAUAUGUGGGACCAGGAAACAGACAAGUCUUUUGAUAUUGGAACCAAUGAAGAUAGCCGUUUACCGAUGUGGUGGAAUGGAUCAGAGCCAUUGUGGGUAACAAUGGAGAAAAAAAAGAGACCAGUUUUCAUGUACUAUUGGCCAGGUUGUGAGGUUGAAAUUCUAAAAGUAAAACCAACUUUCUGUGAAAAAUACUACAAUUAUCCUUCUGAUGAAGAUUUCUCAACUGCUAUUGAUAAAGCAAUUGAAGUCUUAAGCAAAGACACUGCAGACAUGGCAGGAGUUUACUAUGAAAGAAUUGAUGUUGAAGGACACCACUAUGGCCCUUGGUCAACUGAAAGGAAAAUUGCCUUAAAAAAUUUAGACAGUGCUCUGAAGAAAAUGACUGAACAAAUCAAGAAAAUGAAACUUGAAAAUGACAUCAAUGUUAUACUGUUUUCGGAUCAUGGCAUGACAGACAUUCAGUGGAAACAAAAAGUUAUUGAAUUGAAAACAUACAUAAAUAUGUCAGAUAUCAUGAAAAUGAUGGACAGAGGACCUGUUGUGAACCUGUGGCCCCAAACUGGAAAAACUGAGAAAAUAUACAACAGUCUGAAAGAAGCAAAAAAUAUGCAAGUAUAUAAAAAAGAGGACAUUCCUGAGCGAUUUUAUUACAAGAAAGGAAAAUAUGUGUCUCCGCUGACACUAGUUGCAGAACCAGGAUGGUUUAUUACUGAGAGUAUGGAAAAGCUGCCUUAUUGGAAAAACUCUACUGGAGAAGCUACAGGGUGGCAACAUGGCUGGCAUGGUUAUGACAAUGAAUUCAUGGACAUGAGAGGAAUCUUCUUGGCUUAUGGGCCAGAUUUCAAACAGGGUUACAAGGCUGGCCCAAUCAGAUCUGUGGAUGUUUACAACAUUAUGUGCAAUGUAUUGGGAAUUGACCCUUUGCCAAACAAUGGAUCCUGGUCAAGAGUUGAAUGUAUGUUUAGAAAUACAGCAAACUUAGCAAGAGUAUCUAUGAUGGAAAGAUGUUUUUUAGCAGUAGCAUUAAUCUUAUUGAUGUUGACAUGAAAUGUCAUCUUAUCACAUUCUUACAAUAUUUUAUCCUCUUUAAUUUUUAUGCUUUCAUACUGUAUUUACCAGGAUGACUAGUAUGAAUGUAUUUUUAAAUUUGUAUUUCACUUUGAAGUAAUAUUUACACAAUGUCAUAGUUCUACUUGGGUUAAAUACAACUCACAAGGAUGGAGUGAACUUAACAAAGUGGUAAUGAUUGCAGUGGCAACAUCACAUUGGAAGGUAUUUUGCUACAAAUGAAAUUCCACUUUAGUAAUAAUACAAACAUUGUUAAUAUGUGGUUUUAAAGUUCAUUUUAUAAAAUUAAUAAAUUUUAUCAGCUUUUUUCCAUUUA